GAAGACGUAUUUGACGUCGUGUUGUUCCGUUACAGCAGCUUCACAGUUCACGAGUGACCGGCAUAUCGUCGAAUCGUCGUCGUGGUGUUCGGGCAGUGACCCUUUUACAAUGAAAGUGUUGGUGACAGGAGGGAGUGGCUUAGUGGGCCAUGCCAUUCAGCGCGUGGUCAAAGAUGAGCGGGGAGCCAAGGAGGGGGAAGAAUGGAUAUACCUCUCCUCCAAAGAUGCCAACCUCAUGAACUGGGAGGAGACAAAGGCAAUAUUUGAGAAGCAUCGGCCAACGCACGUCAUCCACUUGGCCGCUUUGGUUGGAGGUCUUUUCAAAAACAUGAAGUACAACCUGGAUUUUUGGAGGAAGAAUGUCUACAUCAAUGACAACGUACUGAGGGCAGCGCAAGAAGUGGGUGCUGUUAAGGUCGUGUCAUGCCUGUCCACCUGCAUUUUUCCAGAUAAGACCACCUAUCCCAUCGAUGAGACCAUGAUCCAUAAUGGUCCACCCCACGACUCUAACUUCGGCUAUUCCUAUGCUAAGAGAAUGAUUGAUGUUCAGAACAGGGCCCAUUCCCAGGAGCAUGAAGGCUUAUUUACUGCAGUGAUCCCCACCAAUGUAUUUGGCCCUCAUGACAACUUCAGCAUUGAGGAUGGUCAUGUGCUGCCAGGCCUCAUCCACAAAACCUACACUGCUAAAAAGAAGGGGGAGCCUCUCAUCAUCUGGGGCUCUGGCAAUCCCAGGAGACAGUUCAUUUACUCCCUGGACUUGGCUCGUCUCUUCCUGUGGGUCUUGUGUGAAUAUUCAGAAGUGGAUCCAAUCAUCCUCUCAGUUGGAGAGGAAGAGGAGGUGUCCAUCAAAGAGGCAGCUGAGGAAGUUGCCCGGGCGAUGGACUUCAAAGGAGAAGUUUUACAUGACACCACUAAAGCAGAUGGACAGUUCAAAAAGACAGCGAGUAAUGCAAAGCUGCUCCGCCACCUGCCAGACUUCAAAUUCACACCAUUCAAACAAGCAUUGAAGGAAACGUGCGAUUGGUUUGUUGACAAUUACGAUGUCGCCCGGAAGUGAAGAAUCCCGCUGAUGAUCCAGGACCAGGUCUAACUGGAGAGGAGAUGAGAACCCGGUGGUUCCUCGGUUUGAUUAAUUCUCCAUUUGCACCAAAUGAGAUUCCUCAUGGUUUGUUAAUUUAGUUUUAAUUGUUGACCUAUUGUUUUAACGUCAUAAUCCUGGUGCUGGCACAAGUUUUAAUCUCAGUAAUUUUUAAAAAAAUGAAGUAAUUUAAGCAUUAUAAAACCAGUAUGUGUAGAAGUACAAUACAAGGUUUGGGUUCUAAAGUUAGUUAGUUUUUUUGUUUUUUUUUAAGUACUCUUGUACUUGUUUUAUACUCAGUACGUUUGUACUGAGCAAAAUAAAAGAUUUAUACCUAC